UUCAAAUAAAGAUUCGAACUUUACAAAACUCCCCCUCCAUUGGUGCCUUGAAUGCAUAAUUUAUAUCGUUUUCUUCCGAAUGAAAUCACCACACAGUUGUCUGUCUAUCAGUCGAGUUUAGAGAUCGAGAUGCUGAACAAGGUCUGUAGAGUCUGCGGAAGGCAGAAGAUUUGCGAGAAGAGCCUGAAUCUCUUCGAUUUGGCCAACCGAAAGUAUCUAAAGCACUUGCACAUGAUAACCGGACUGCGGUUGUUGGAGCUGGAAGAUGUUCCCGGAUUCAUGUGUGUUUGCUGUCAGUCGGAACUCAGAUCGGCAUUGGCUUUCCGGAAGCUUUGCAUCAAGACCCAACGUAAAUGGCUGGCCAUCGAGGAGGAGGACUCUGCGUCGGAUGAAGAAGAUACCAAGGCCAAAUCGCAGCUGGAAUCGGAAAAAUGCGUGUUGGUCGAAGAAACCUUUCAGGUACUGAUUGAAGAGGAGUCCACGGACAACAGUUUGAUUCGAUAUACGGAAGCGGAGCAGAGCGAUGAUGAAAUAGAUGUAAAGUGGGCACCUACCCGAAAAGUUCUCAAAGUAUCAACCAAACUGGAUGACAAAAUUUACAUAUGCGAGCUCUGCGGGACCCAUGCCACAUCGAAAUCCGUUUUCCAACGCCACAUGAGGAAACACACAGGCGAACGACCCUUUGGCUGCAAGGAUUGUAAAGCCAGGUUUCUCUCCUCUGGUGAACUACGUGCCCACCACCGUGUCCACACCGGUGAGCAACCGUUUGCCUGUCGCUUCUGCGAGAAGAGGUAUGUCAGCUACAUGGGCCGCCUGAUCCACGAGAGGACUCACACCAACGAUCGACCCUAUGUCUGCGAAGAGUGUGGCAAGAAGUUUACCACAGCCUACGUCCUGAGGAACCACAUGGUCAUCCAUACGGGCGAGCGGAAUUUCCGGUGCGAUCUCUGCGAUCGCUCCUUCCAGAGAAACUCGCACCUUAAAACGCACUCCCGUUCCAUGAUGCACCUCCAAAAGGUGAAGAGUCAGAAGAGCAGUGCCAAGUGAUCUUGAAGGAUUAAUUGGCUCAAGCUAUUGAAUGUUUCUAGACAUAAAAAAGAUAUUUAGGUUCUAAGAAACACCGUCUUACGAAUUUUAAGUGAUAUAGUAAAUAUCUUUACUACAUCUAAAUGAAAUA